AGAACCCUCUUGCCGGGCUAUGACAACAGAUAAGCAGCGACAUACCGCUACAAAGAUUACAUCACACGACGUUGCAAUUGGCGAAAGAUGGCGUCUUCUGUUUCAACUCCGGCACCAAAAUCGAAACAAGGCGAUUUUGUCACCCCUUACAAAACACCUGCUGGACCAAAGAACGCCAAGCAUAGGGCCAAAGCGGUAGAUCUCGUACGUUGGGCAGAUGCGUAGGGCAAUUUCGAAAACCAUACUUUAUCUUUCUUUGAAUCUCACAAUACCGCAUCAAUUUACUCGUUCGCAGGUGACUGGUAAAACCAUCGUGGAAUAUUUUUUUGACCCUUUAUUAAUCAUCAGCGAGAACAACAAUCCUGGAAACGCGACUACAUCAUUCAAAACACCAGGAAAGAAAAAUGGGAAAGGAAGUGGGAGCGACGUGGAUAAACUCCUUUUCAAUUGCCAACAUCUGUACGCUCCAUGUACGAUCGUCAAAUCACUCGUCGACGAAAACGUCAACACAUCGAGAGGAAAUGGUAAAGGGAAGAAAAACAAAAAGGCCAACAUAGUACCAGUAGGGCCGGCCUUAGUCAAAACUCGAGACGGUACUCUAUACAAAAUCGAAGACGCCGCAAAACUUGUUCCAUUGAUAUCCCCGGACGACUACGAGGGUCUCGAUGAUGUAUUGCACUUGACGAACGUUACGGAAUCGAGCCUGCUCCAUGCCAUACGCCUUCGAUACAAAAGAGACGACAUUUACACCUCUGCAGGUCCCAUUUUAAUCUCGGUCAAUCCAUACAAGUCAGUCACUACAUCUCAGAGUGAAUCGUUAUAUUCGGAGAAGAUGAUGAUGAAAUAUCGGAUGACCGAGAAUUCUUCGGAUGACGAACCUCACUUAUUUAAAGUGGCUGAUAGAGCAUAUAGCGCAAUGAUGGAUUCUGUACACAUUAUUCCGAAGCUCGAAGACUCAAAUGCUGACCACUGCAUUGAAAGUCCCCAAAAACGCAGAUCAGGCCCCGGGCAGGUAAUGAAUCAAAGCAUCAUUAUCAGUGGAGAGAGUGGGGCUGGAAAAACUGAAGCAACCAAGUACAUCAUGAAAUAUCUUGCCCGAAUCACAAAGAAGAAAGGGAAAUGGACGUCUGAAGAAAGCCCGCCAUUUCUAUCUCCCGAUGGGAAAGUGAUGGCAGCGUUGGAAGAUCGAGUCUUAUCCUCAAAUCCUCUCUUAGAAACGUUUGGAAACGCACAAACGUUACGCAACGACAAUUCAUCGCGAUUCGGAAAAUUUAUUCACAUCAAUUUUAGUACGGAGAAAGGUAUUAUUACGGGUGCUCAAAUAUCCAACUACCUCUUGGAAAAAACGAGAAUCACAACUCAAAUUGAGGGUGAGAGGAAUUACCAUAUUUUCUACCAGCUCUUCGCAGGAGCCAAAUCAGACCUUCUCACUAAGCUUGGACUCGACACUGGAGCAGCAGCAUUCAAAUACCUAGGAAAUCGUUCGUCUCCAAAAACAGAAAAAGACAAGAGCGAUUACGCCGAGACGAUGCAAUGCCUUUCUAAUAUCGGCCUUGCAACGGAAGAGCAAGAAACCGUGAUGGCGUUGGCAGCUGCUGUCUUGCAUUUAGGCAAUAUUGUAUUUGAAGAGGGAGAGAACGAGGAUCACUCGGCAAUUAUCUCAGAGGGUUCUCGUCCUAGUCUACAAAAAGCUUGUGAGUUACUUGGUCUGGAAGAGGAUGCAGUAGCCGACGCAAUUUUAACAAAGCGAUUAAACAUAGGCGGAAAGAGUAUCAAAACACCUUCUACUGUUGUUAUGGCUGAAGACAAACGAGAUUCAUUAGCCAAGAUGACAUACUCAUCACUAUUUAUUUGGCUUGUGAAAUCGAUCAAUCAAACAUUGGGUGAACACGAGGCUGAUAGCGAAGUCCAGAACGACGAGACACCGAUUGGCUUCAUCGGCGUUCUUGAUAUUUAUGGAUUUGAAUGCUUUGAAGUUAAUGGAUACGAACAACUCUUGAUAAAUUUUUGCAACGAGAAAUUGCAAAGGCAUUUCAAUCGCCAUGUUUUCGAAGUCGAGCAGAAGCUUUAUUCAUCCCAGGGAGUCGACUGGACCUACAUCACCUUCAAUGACAAUCAGCCAUGCUUAGAUUUAAUUGAAGGUGGCGGAGGCACUGUUGGUAUACUCAACACACUUGAUGAUUCGUUCUCGGGUAUGGGAUCGGGCAGCGAGAAAGAUAUCAAGUUCGUUUCUCAACUGCACAAAUUGUUUGGGAGCGUGGCUGGAGCUAAAAGUACAAAUGGUGGACAUCCGUAUUUCGGAACUCCCAAAUUCGGAAACGAUCGUCAAUUUGACAUUACUCACUAUGCGGGAGAGGUAUGUACAAUUUUGAGGGUGCCUUCCGACUUGGUUCAUUCUUCUUUCGUUUAUACUGACGCGAUCUUUGUUUUUGAUGGAUUGCAUUUUUUCGAAGGUUCGAUAUACUGUCGAUGGAUUCGUUGAAAAAAAUAUGGAAAGCACAAGCAACGAGUUAAAAGACUUAGGUUCGACUUCGACGAUUCCCUUGGCUCGAGAUGUCUUCAGUGCCAGUUCAAACAGUGACGAGAGGCGGUCUUCAAUUCGUGGCUUCAGUGUUGCCUCUCAAUUCAAACAGUCCUUACAAUCUUUGGUAGAUGAUUUGGAAAUGACUCAACCCCAUUACGUCCGUUGUAUCAAACCAAACUUGAAAAAAUCAUCGAACAAUUUUAAUGCUGGGGAAGUGCUGAAGCAACUGAGAUAUUCCGGAAUGAUGGAAGCUAUUCGAAUUCGACGUGAAGGCUAUGCGCUGCGAGAAGACCACAAGAGUUUCUACAAUCGCUUUAGUGUUCUUCUUAGCGCCGAUGAUUUGAAGGAAGAUAUAGGAAUAGAUCAGCUGGUAAACGUUCUCUCCAAACGCCUCAACGUAACAGACGCAGACUGGCAGAUCGGACACACGAAGAUCUUCCUUCGUCGAGAAUUAUCCGACAAGUUGGAACGGCUAGCGAAGCUUCGUGUACACCGGGCUGCUCGGACUCUCAGUCGAUUUGGUCGGUUCAUUGCCACAAAAAGGGCAUCUUCUCUUCUGGUUGCGUGGGCAAAGUUUCGCCUUUUUAUGAGACAGAAAUAUCGAGAAAACAAAGCAUCCACAAAGAUCGCUGCAACUUACAAAAUGCAUUUGAAAAUGGAACUUUUCAAAAAAUGUAUUGGUGCGGUCGUAAAAAUUCAAUCCCUUCAACGGAUGGUGGUCGCCAAAUUUGUGGCAAACAAGUUGAGAGAUCCUUAUUUUGAUAUGACAUACAAAGAAAUGAAAAAGUUUUUGCGUUCUGAAAUUACUCGGAUGGAAAAAGCAGUUGAUGCCAAAGACUUCAAAACUGCCGCUUUGAUUGAAGAAAAAAUGUACGUACAAAACAUAUUUUGUUUACCGCUAUUUAUACGAUCAGCCGAAUUCCUAAUUUCUUACUAUGUGUUAUAUGCACUUUCCCAGUGAAUCUCUCAAGGUCGCGAUUGCAGAACGGAAACCUAUGACGCGGAAGCGACUGGAAGAGAAAAUUGAAACGGUGCAAAAACAACUUGACAAUGCAAUUAAGUCCAAGGAUUACAAAGAAGCUGGUCCAUUACAGGAUGAAUUAGAAAAAUUGACCGAUCUCCGGACGGAAUUCCCAACAAUGGAUGAAUUGAAGAAUGACGUUAAAGCAGCAGAAGAAGCUGUCGCAAGUGCAGCAAAACGGCGAGAUUUUGAAAACGCAGCUUCCCUCCAAAAAGACGUAGAUAAAGCGAAAAGACGGCUGGAGGAGGCAACGGAAGAGGAGGAUGGAAGCGAAGACAACAGUGAGCGUAGUGAAAACGAAGAAGUUUUGAACAUAACUUUUGAUGGCAUUGAAUCGCGCGCCGACCUAGAAAACGAAUUAAAGGACCUUCACAAACAAGUUGAUGAAGCAAUUUCUAACAAGGACUUCAAAUUAGCGUCGGAACUACAAUCGAAAAUAAAUGAGAAAGAAAAGCUCCGAUCUUUCUUUCCUUCUAUCGAGGAGCUCGAGGAAGAAUUACGGAAUGCAACCGAAUCACUUGAACUAGCCAUCGCUAGCAAAAACUUUGAAGAAGCCGACAAACUGAAUAAGGAGUUAUUUGUACUCAAAAGAAGAAUUGAGGAGGAAAAGGAGAAGGCUGAGACUAUCAGUGCUAACGCGCAUCCCAUCUCUACAAAAAUUAUAGGGAUCGAUGGUAAAGAAAUAGAAUUUGACUCAAGGCAAGCUCUCGAAGCGGAGAUCAAAUCAAAUGCUUCUUUGCAAGAAAAUGAGAUAUCAUCCAAGAACUUCAAAAAAGCCCAAGAAAUUCAGGCAUACAUCGACAAUUUGGAGACACUUCGCACCAAUUUUCCAACUGCGGACGAGCUCCGAACCAAAAUUGCAACGAAAAAGAAUUUGAUGGACAUUGCUAUUUCAGAAAAACGGUUUGGAGACGCCGAGGAACUUGACAAAGAAAUUAGCGCAUUUGAACAAAACCUUAAGAAAGAGUUAGAAGCUAACACAUCCCAGACAAACUUCAAAGCAGAAAUGAAUUUGGUAUCUAAAAGUAAGACUUCUCCAUUCAUACCUGCAAAAACGAAUAAAAAUACCAUCAUUUCAGGCAAUGCUAAGACAAAGAAAAAUAGAGUUGACUCAGGAGC